GGCAGGCCCCAGUGACCAGCCUGGGAUGUGUCCGCCCUGCAAAGCCAGGUGGAUUGCAUUGGCUGGUGUGUGUGUGUGUGUGUGUGUGUGUGUGUGUGUGUGUGUGUGUGUGUGUGUGUGUGUGAGAGAGAGGAUGUCCUAUGUGGUUUGCAAAUGACAUUCACCACCAUCAGCAGAGCCUGGAUCCUGUGAGCAGCGGUGGACAAAUGCCCCCUGGGGCAGAUGGGUGCUGUGAGGAGGGUGGGCUGCUCCUUUCAUUGUGCAGGGGGAAUCUAAAAUCUAAGACUAAUGCUGCGUUCCUUAUUCUGGUAACUUCUUGCUGACCGGUGGAAGAAAACGAGUGUCUACACUGCACAGUAAACCCAGUUCUGACCCAGGUUUGAGCCCAAACCCCUUUUUGUCCACACACAGAUCAGUCUGACUCAGGUCCGUGAGCACUCAGGACCCGGGUCCUAGGACCCUGCUGGGAUGUGGGUCUGAGCCUGUGUCCUGUUGUGGGGAGAGGGGCGGGGCAGGCUGGCUCAAUUCUGUCUUGAUCACAACAGAACACAGUGUGGACACAGAUCCAGCUGUAGACCAGUCAGAAGGUUUGUGUGGUGUGGACCAUUAGCAUGGCUGGGAGACCCAAGGACAGCAAUUGUAAGCCCUGGUUUGCAGUGCAGUGUGGAUGCUCCCACAUGGGCUUGGACACAGUCCCCGAGCCUGGGUCCCACAGAACUGGGUUUACAAUGCAGUGUAGACAGACCUCUAGUGAUUCAUUGGCAUCAGCCCAGGCCAGGUGGGUUGGUGGUGAUGCAAGUGGAUACCAGUGAGAGGAGAAUUCUAAUCCUGUGGCAUUUUAUACCCCACUGGGCAGGUGACAGCGAUGGUCCAAGGUGCUGGAUAGGGGAGAAAUGGGCUCCCUGUAUGAGCACAGGAGACUCUUACUGGGGAAACGGCUGCAUUUUCUGUCUCCUGGAUCCCUGCCCUUGUAGCAUUUUAUGACACACAGUGGGACUAUCGGGCAAUUCCCAGCUGGCUGCAGUAGCCGUUACCCCCCUCCCCCAUUACCCAACUGCUCUGCUAAUACCCAACAGGAGCUGUGAGAGGAGGGGGCUGUUUAGCUGCCUUUUAUUGAUUCACUGAUGGAGCUGUUUAUUGUCUGAGUGAAAUGACAUUUCAUUUCCACUAGGGGGCCCGUGUCAUUUUGCAGCAGCUCUCUCAAAAGCCCUAUCAGAACCACGCCCCUGACUUGAAAAGGCGGCAAAUUCAAAUCUUAGGAAAUACAUUUUCACACAAGGCACAGCUAACCUGUGGAACUCACUGCCACAAGAUCUCCUUGGUCAAUCUUCCUUUCUGACUCCUGAUAAGUUCUUGGCGUUUAUAGGGAUAAUGGGACCAUCCAGAGUUACAACCGUCAAUAUUACACAAUAACCUGGAGUGGGAAGGGCUCUAAGUGACAAGGUAUAAGCCCAGCUUCUAACCAAUGGGGGUGAGGGAAGAAUCUCUCCCUGGGGCAGGUUAUUCCAUCACGGUCCAGUACAGGGGUGUCCUGCCCCUGCCGCUGAAGCAGCUGGUGCUGGCUGCUGUUGGAGUCGCGCCCUUCAGAUCUGCUGAGCUGGCAGCUCUGCUGCUGUCACAGGGCUCAGCUGGGAAUCUGUGUCUGCUGCUCUCCCAGUCCCUGUCCUGCCAGGGGCGCAGGGACUUCAUGGGGCAUCCCCCAAGGGCAGAAAGCAGGAACUGCCCCCCCCCCCGCAAAAUUCCAGGCACUCCAAUUAAACCAUAACGACUUCUUGUAAACUAUUUGCAUAAGGGGAAGCAAAUUCAUUCCUGCCUAUUCAGGUGUGGCUGUAACAACUGUAUAAACAGACAUCACCAAUCAGAGCUGGGGAUCUGACCCCAUUGACUCCCAUGGAACUAUGGCUAAUUUCACCAGCUGUGGGUCUGGGGUCAGUGAUUUCAAUGGAGCUGCCCCAAUUCACACCUGCAGCCGGGGAUCUGGCCCCACUCUCUCUACAUGGAACUGACCCCAGUCCAGCACCUGCCUCCAUGUGUUUGUCAAGUGCUUUGGGAUCCUUCAGAUGCAAAUCCCUGUAGAGAAACCAGGGCAGUCCUAGCACUGCCAGCUCUAACCAACCCUGCUGUGCAGGGCUGUGGCUGGGCAGAUAAACACCGACACAAGCCAGCCCGAGUAACCUGACAAUUCUCUCCACAGGCAAACCUCAAACCCAGACCCCACGGGAUGGGACGCCAGUGAAAAGACACAGAACAAGGAUGAUUCAGCGACCUGGAGUUGAUUUGGUCAGCGCCUGCUAAGGCCUGGUUGACCCUGGGGAUAAAAGCAGUGCCAAGGAUACCUUUGAAACAGUUCAUUCGAACACAGCUCAGACCCAGCCUGGCUGGUCGGGGUAUUCGGACAAAACUCACCAUCAAAUUAUAUUUGAAAGGAGUUUUUCCUGAUCACCCCACGUAGCCAAACCGCGCCUGAGCUGUAAUCGAGUGAGCUGCUUUGAAGAUCUCCUUACGAAGGGUUUUGCUGGCACCGCCAGACCCACUGUGAACAGGGCCGUAGUUACCGCUGGCUGCAGAAAGGUGAACAUGUCGCCUGUUUUGGAGUCCGCAAUUCUUUCGGAGACAGAAAAGAUGUUGAACGGGUCAUAUCCCACUGAGAAGAUGAAGCCAGAUCCACUCCUGGCCUCCCAGGAAACCCAAAUGAAACCAAACGGAACAACUCAUGUGCCCAUCCCCCCACAGGGUGGAAAGAGCAGCAAAAUCUGCCCUACAGGUUUGCUGUCUGGGUUGAAACCACGGGCACGUCGCUGGGCAGUUCCGAGUGUGGUUCUCAAUCUCAUACUGAGCAUCACCAUCAUCAUCCUCAUCAUCGUCCUCAUGGCACUGUCAGCAAAGAUAUCUGAGCCGUAUCCAGCUGGUCCUGCCUUCCCAGUGACCGCCUGCCCAGACGGCUGGAUCAGAUACCUGGGGAAAUGUUACUAUUUCUCACAGGCUGAAGCAAACUGGACCAACAGCCAGAGCCACUGCUCUGCCCUCGGUGCCUCCCUGGCUGUGAUUGACACCCAGCAGGAAAUGAAUUUCGUGAUGCGCUAUAAAGACCCCCCCAACUAUUGGAUCGGCCUCCAGAGGGAACUGAACCAGCCUUGGAAAUGGAUCAAUGGCACCGAAUUCAACAACUGGUUUCCAAUAGCAGGACGAGGCCCGUGUGCUUUUCUGAACAGAGGCGAUGUUUCCAGUUCAGGCUGCUCCAGCGACGGACGCUGGAUCUGCAGCAAACCAGUGCAGAAACUAGAAGGCCGAGCAAAGUGACUGACCUGGAUGAGUCGGGCCUUGUCCUUUCAAUAGGGCUGUCCCAAGCUGCCUCAGCACGUGGGGGACUGGAUGGGGCUGGUGAAGUGGGACAUCCCCAGCAGCAAGGAAGGGAGACGCUUGCUGAAAGACAUCAGGUAGCUCCUCCCCUGGGAGCAUCUGGCACCCAUUGGCCCAUUUGGGAGUGUGGGGUGCUCCAGGGAUUUAACCUGGAGGCCACAUAAUGUGAGUCUUUUAUGGCUCCAUUCCAGCAGCCCCACCCUGUAUUUGGAGUUGGACUCACGGGACGGGGUGAGACUCCGUGGCCCUCCCAGGCUGAGGGCAGCCCCUGUGUUCAGGUUUAAUAACAUUUGGAGCCUGCCACUUAAAAUCCAUCCAUGGGCCUGAGCUUACUUUGCCACUGCGUCCUCAUCAGUGUUCCUUCUCCGGCCAACAUGCAGCUACCCCCGGCCUGAGUGAACCCCUCGUAACCAGACAGCAGCACCCCAACAAGCGGACAGAUGGAACAUACAGUAGCCAUAAGAUAGGACAUGGCAGUUGUUUGUACUUCACAAGCAGCAGGGUGUGACAAGUUGGCAGCCAGGCCUGCUGGGAAAGGAAACGUGUAGAAAAGCCCAGGCUCUGUCUCUGGCACAGAGAAGGAAUCUUUUGACUUGGAAACUGGAAGGGGAGCAGCCAAACCUGCAGCGUCCUGCCUGCCAGAGGCCCCAGGCAGGAACCAGAGAAGAGCUGGGGCUAGACUGAUCUGCCCGAGACUGGCUCGGGAGGUGCUGUGGCCCCUGCAGCCACGGAGUGAAGGGGCCGGGGUGAACCCUGCAGCCUGGGGGAAGGACUCGAACUCCUGCUGUAAGGCGAGGAAGGGUGCUUUGCAAGCCCUGCUGUGAGGGCUUCGGGAGUGUGAAGAGGCACCGUGGACAAGAGAGGGGGUGUGUGUGUGUGUGUGUGUGUGUGUGUGUGUGUGAAUUUUUAUAAUAAACCAGCUCCCAGAAGGGAAAUUUUUCUUUUGUAAACCUUAAA